AUGGGAUACAUCUUCGUUCAGUAGAAACAGUGGAACUUCAAGCUUUAGGGGCCGAGCUGAGCUACUGGCUGCUAAGUAUAGUUUUUAGUACAUGCAAGCUAAAAAGUGUUAUCGUCGAGAAAAGUAAUAAAAUGGAUUAUUGGAUGAAAGACUCUCUUCUAUCUAUGUUUUUAAUCAUUAUGAAAUAUUUUUUGUGGUUAACAAACCUGUAUUCAAUGAUGGAGAAAAAGGCGAAAAAUUCAUCAAAUUCUCACUGUCCAUACACUCUAGCACUGCUAUCACUGAAACAGAAUCGGAACGAGUAUUAGAAUAGGGGCACUUGUUAAUAAAAACAAAUUUCGAGGGGGGAAGCUCUCUAGAGGGCAGCGCUUAUGGGAAAGAGGACGCUAAGUCGAAUUAAUACGGUAGUGGAAAUAAGUAUGACUGAGUAGCCGCUUGUUUUAAAUUUACAAGGACUUUGCUUGCAACACAUUAUCGAAGAACUCUCGAGGGGGUAUCGCAGAAAAUGAAGUUGUUUGUGAGGAAAAAGCAUGUCUCGCUAUAAACUUUGCUUAUAAUCACACAACAUGUUGCAACUAUAAUUCUUUUUCUAUUCUAUUCACGGUUUUGCGAGAAGUUUCGCGAGGAUUAAGUAACUGUUCAUAUUUAUUCCCAUCAAUACGCGUUUGGUUUCGUUCGCUAGUACUUGUCUAUUACAUAGUUGCUUUCAAUUAAGUCAUUUUCAUCUCCAUCAUCUACGUUCACGCCCUCUGAUUAGAUAUCUGUGUACUCGUUGUUGUGGCGUAAGAAUUAGUAGUGUCCAUUUACACAAUGCAAAAUAUUGUAGGGCUACAUAGCUAAAAACUCAAACCCAGGAAGCAAUUAUCAUUGAGUCCGAACUCUGAACCAUUACCAACAAAAUAAAUUGGAAGUACGAUGUAAAUGAGGAAAUUCCUCCUCAGCUUUGGCUCAACAGCUAAUUAAUGCUUAGAAAUCAAAAUGUGUCCGCUUCAAGUUCUGGUAACCACGGUAAGCUAUAUCAUACCGUUAUUCAUCUAUUACCCAUUGAUUUGACCUUUCAAUUAUCAUUUAUUUCAUAACUCAGCUAUUCAAACAGGACGAAGCAGUUUUUGUACAAUUGAAAGGUCACUUAAUAACGACAGCCAAACAUUUUCGGCAACAUAGCUACCGGGUCUACCAGGGAUCGUAGACCCAGUAAGUAUUGCAAGCCUAGUGGUAGGGUACAUUCUACCUCGACACCAUCAUCUGUUACCGCAAGUUUUUUUUUGAGUGAGAUAUGUGACUGAGGAGGUUUGACAGAUAUUUUCCUAAAAACGGCAAGCUUAUCUGUUUUGUUUUGAGCUUAUCCCAGCAAAAUGAAAGCGAACAAUGCAAGGUUUUAAAAUGUCGCCAUUUUGCCGUCAUCAUAUUACUUCAGAAAUGUUGUCGUUCCCAUUUCUUUGUGCAUGUAAAAUUUCCCAUGCGCUAGAGGCAUGCGCAUUCACUUUGAGGCUGUAUUCGCUCUGUUGAGUUUUCUGUCUCAGUUCUCCGGGCUCGUGCGUUUUUAAAUAAGUUGAAAGGCUUGGAAGGAAUAGGACACUUGCACGUGCGCGUCAUGUUCGCGGGAAAGGGAGUGAUCACCCUAUCAAUGAUCGAAUGAAGUGGUGGAAACACCCUGCAGGUCAAACAGGGAUCUUGGAGUGUUGAUCAUGUACAGUGAUCGAGAGGCUUCCAUUGACCUUAUUUGCGGUAAAUUUAUUCAUCGAGCGCGGACAUGUGAAACCAUGUUUGAAAGUUUUGAAAACCUAUCAACGGACAGUGACCUGCGAAGUACACUUUUUAGAGGAGUUUACCCAAAUAUGUGAAUAUCUCACUUCCUGUUAUCCAAAUUUAACGAUCCGGGAGAUUAAACAGGCUGCGUUAAUGAAUCUUUUUUUCUCUGAGGACUUGCCUUCCUUGAGUAAGUAAUCCAAGGGGAAUUGUACUUUAUUGGUUGUUUUUGAAAGCCAGCAGAUAACAACUUGAUUCGAAACAGCAUGAAAUGAACUCACUGGAGCAUGAACAAGUAAAUAUCAUUUACAUAUUCCCUUGAGAAAAAUUUAUGGCGAAGAACCGCUCCUAACUAUUACUAAUUCACGACUUACAGAACUUUUUAUAUCUUUGAUUUCUGUUUCAGAAAAUUGCAGUUGCAAUUAAACGAGAAAUAGUUUCACAUUAUAGAAGGCUGCAAUUACAUCAAAAGAGCACAAACAUCUCAGUUUCUUUACUUCCUAUUGUAGUAAACGUUUAAAUACGAUUCACCGCUUUGGACGAACAUAAAGAAUACGGCCUUCCUGAAGGGGAGUCUGGCUUGGAUGACCAAGAGACCAAGUUACCAACCUACUGGAACACAACCCUCACCAAGAUCUGUCUCGGUAUGAAGGUUGGUGAGGUCACCAAGUUCUUUGUUUUGAACCAAAAGGCAAGCUCGCUGUACGCCCUGAUUGCAGAUGGCAAAUAUCACAAAACCUCUCUGGGUCGGGACGAAUGGAAGAAGUUGAUCAUUGGUGCUUCCCUGCAAAACAAAAGGAGGGAUUCAACGUCCUGAGUGUUAACGCUGGUUCUUCAAGGGCACAAAUUGGAAUCGUUGGUAACAAUGCAAUUGGUUGCACGUCCAGCGAUUCCCAAAUCGGGUUUGGUACCGCUGGAUACAAUACCAACUCAUGUGGUAACGUGGCCAAGUACGGUGGAGAUAUAUAUGCUGGCGACAAAUUCAUCAAAGCCAUGGGAUAUGUCUUCGUACAGUAGAAACAGUUAAACUUCACGUCUUUUGGAAGUAUUCUUAAAAGGUUCAAUGUAGUGCAUUCUCUUACUUAACCAUAGUGCGCACGCUUUGCUGUUGUGGGCCGCGGUGGACAGUUGCCCGGCCAGACAUUUAAUGCAGGGAAGUAGGUAUCAUAACCAAAUAGUUAGGAACGUAUUCUACUAAAGAGACUGACAAAUUCAACAAAAGCUAACAACUACCCAACACAGCGAGUGUUUUUAAGUCCGUCGCUGAGCUAAUAUGCUUAAAUAACUUUUAACACUGCAACUAAAAAGCCAUAUCUUAAGAACCGUAAGGUGCUUUUUGGGUCAUUAUUGCUUUUUAAUUACAUUCCCUUAACAUUUCCUCUUUAUACGUCAAAAAUUUAAUCAGGACUUUUUGGAUUUUAUUUCAUGUUUGAUAAUUAUUAAGACAACCAUCUGGUGAGGGAUACGAAACAACGAAAAGAAAGUUUAAUGAUUAUGUAACCACAUUCAGUAGUUGAAAAAAAUUCAUGUAUCAUUUGGUGUGAUGUAUCUAUAUGAAUGAAUGGAUGGCUUAAAAUUCAUUUCCGCCUUUGGUGAAACGUUAGAGAUUUUCAUUUCGUGAAGAUUAAAUAGAGAAAAAUGGAGAUUCAGCAAACCAUUUCGGGCCUGAUGGAAGUGUUUCUGUGUGUGAAAAUCAUUUCAAUACAAUAUUUAAUAACUUUUGAAAUCCAUCACGUAAAUAAUCUGUGUCCAUGCUAUUCUCAUUUAAUUUGUAAGUGACCUGAUAUAUCAUCAUUCCGCAUUGAAAAUACAAUAUUUGAUAACUUGAGUCAGUUGUGCACGAAAAAUAGUCACUCAAAGUGAAAGUACUAUUAGGAAAGUUUGUUUUGUAACUUAAUGUUGGAACUUUCACCUUGCAGAUGCUGUUACUGGACAUACGGAGGUAAUUUUACUCUCUCUGUAAAUUAAUUCUGUAGAAACAUUCCAGUAUUGUGUUUUCCAAGGUCACUGCAGCAGGUGUUCGUAUCUAUAGCUAUUUGGACUGUCUUCCGAAACUUUCAUAAACUGUUUUUCUCCGAUACGCUGGCUAUUGGAUAAUCGACUGGUAAAGAUCAUUAAACUAAUUACUAUUUAGAUACUGACUGACUUUUUAACCCCCCAGUAAGAAGUGAAUACUGAUGUGGCGUUGGUUAUGGAAAAUGAGGGUUUUAAGUUGAGCAGCAACUAACCGAAAAUAAACCUCCAAAACACUAUUGCCGAACAUGCAGUAACAUGUUCCUUUCUGUGUUCUUUAAUUAUAAAAACUAAAAAAAUAAAAGGUUCGCGGCGUGAUAUGUUUAUCCAGGUCAUUUUGGUAGGCGUUCGUAACUAUAGUUAUUUAGACUUACUUCAGAAACCUUCAUUAACGUUUUUUCUCUGAUUGGCUGAACAUUGCAUAAUCAGUUGGUGAAAACGUUAAACCAAUCGAUGUGUCGGACAUGAUAAACUUUUGAAAACUCUCUAAAAAGUAAGAACUACUGUGGCCUAUGUUAUGGAGAAUUUGGCUUUUAAGCUGAAGAGCGAUCAAGGUCUUAUUAACAAUAAUCUCUUCAACUUCCAAGUUAUCUUUCUUCACUGCGAGUGUAACCCGAUCAGUUUAGUUUGGAGAGUAAGGGUCAGAAGUUGAUGACAUGAAGGUUAUUGCAAUUAUUUUCCUGGUGCAUUACCUCAUUUUCACAGAUGCUGAAGAAGGAGCCAGCAAAUACUGCAAGACAGCGGACGAAAAGUGGGAUGAGCUCAAGGAAAUGAUUGAGAGUUUAAACUGUCCUUGCCCAGGUAGUUUAAAAAUUCAAAAUCCAUUCGCCGAAUCUUUACUUGCUUCAUAUUUUCAAUUUUUUAUCUCUUUCUAUGAAAAUCUGUGAAACCAAGGCUUGAAAAAUCCAAAAGAAGACUUUUAAGUUUUGGGUAUCCCUCUUUUUUUUUAUCUAGAGCCGCCUCCAGAACCACCCAUGUCUUGCAAAUACGGCUUUGAAGACGGGGAAAAGUAAGUAGUCAUAAUAUCUUAAUGCUUAAGCUUAUACAAAAAACACUGGAAAUAACAAAUAUUCACAUUUAUGCUAAUAACAAAAGUUUUUUUUUUUGUGGAUCAAGAGCGAACAAGGAUUACAUGCUCCAGGUGGACGAAUUCACGAAACUGCCUGUUUAUUGUAACAUGGAUGGCGCUGGUCUCGGCGACUGUGGAGGUGGAGGAUGGACGCUGGUCAUGAAGAUUAACGGCACAAAGGUAGUUUAAGAGUUGAUAUUUCAUCCAGUGACAACAAUCACAUUUUCCUUGAGUGUCAUUAGCAUAUGUUAGCUGCAAUGAUUAAGUCAGUUGCAUUCUAUGUCCGUUCUUGGUACGCUAUGCAGUAAUUUAGCACCAUAUCAAAGUGCCUCUCUAGUAUGUAGCAGCUAUCAAACUCAAAUUGCAAAUGGGCACAUCUUCUGUGUGAGCAGAAAAACUGGAACAACAACAUCGAAUAUCUGUCACCAGGAUCAUUAACAAAAAUAUUUAUAGAAGAGUUCUCCGGCCAAAAAGGUCUUAAUUAACGGUAAGCUUUCAGUCUACCUGCAAAGAAGCAGAUAGAACAGGAUAAUUGUUGCUUAAUUAAUGCUGAAAAAAGGAAAGAUAAUCUCCAGUCUUAUAACAAUCAUCACAUGGGUUGGACCUUGUGACAACUUUAUCGACAAAAUUCUAAAAUUUUGAGUCGCGCUUUUUAUGAAGUGAAAAAGGAGACAUAAAAUUCCUUUUUGAAACAAAUGCGAUUUGGGGUUGCAGUUAUCUAUUUACUUUCAGGGCGACUUAAGGGUGCAACGCGAUGCAAAAUUUAAGACUCUUUUGUUUACUGUCAUAGUCCACAUUCAAAUAUGACUCACCUUUCUGGAGCGACAAGAAAGAAUACGAACCCUCAAACGGGAGAAAUUUGGACGCCGGAGAGACCAAGUUGCCAACCUAUUGGAGCACCUCCUUUACCAAGAUCUGCCUGGGUAUGAAGGUUGGUGUAGAAAGUAAGUUCAUCGUUUUGAACCAGGAGGCAAGCUCACUGCACUCCCUGAUAGCCGAUGGCCAAUAUCGCAAAACCUCACUGGGCCGAGAAGCAUGGAAGGAUCUCAUCAGUGAAGCCUCCCUACAGAAAAAAUGCAACAAAGAAGGCUUGAACGUCCUAGUCGAUCUGGUAGGUUAUUCGAAAGCACGAAUUGGUAUCGUAGGCAACAAUGAAGAUGAUUGCAAAAGCAGUCAUUCCCGAAUCGGGUUUGGUACCGCUGGAUAUCCAUCCGAUACCAUUUCGUGUGGCGACGUGGCCAAGGACGGAGAUAAAGGCGACAAAUUCAUCAAAGCCAUGGGAUACAUCUUCGUG